CCGUCGACGACUUUGACAACCAGAGCACGAUGAUGGAUUGGAAGGUCGAGGCCAUCCCACCGAGACCCGCGCCGCCGGUCCUUCCUCCUCCAACUCCGAUUAAUCGAGGAGGCUGCCGCAGCCUGUUCCUCCUGCACCAAGAGCCCGGGGUACUGGAGAAAACUAUCCGACUAGGCUGUGUGGCCUGCCAGCGAGCCUGUAGCGGAAGUAUUUGUAGGCGCUGCGUCGCGCAAGUGAAGAAGAAUCUGGAGCUGAUGAAGAAGGAAGGGAGGGACGGUUUCUUCGGAUACUGCCUGAAGUGUCAUGAGGUUGCCAAGGGAAGCCACCUUGCACAUCAGGACAAUAUCAUCCCAGUUGACAGGUACAAGGGUCACUUGGUAGCAUGGGUAACAGGAAAAGAGAACUGGGCAGCCAUCUUUCAUGGCAUUCAGAGUGAUAUGUGCUAUAGGCCACCUAUCGGUCGCCCCUUUCUCCUGCACACGCCAGAAGAAUGUUGCAGAUGCAUAGAGUGCAAUGAUGUAAUGUAUACGAAAAGGCUUUACGAUAUGCUAAGCCUAUACUGCACGAUUAACUGCUGGUUGGAGGAGAGGUCGGGCGGUGGGGCUGCUGAGGUGCAGGUCGCUAAGGCUCUCCUGGCGAUGGAGUUCGAUAGUUCUACACAUGCUGUCUGCCUCACCUGCAGCAUGGCGUUCUCAAGCUCUGAGGCAAGUGAUCAUGCUGAACAUGAUAUGCUCUCCAUCGUCAUGGAGUCAGGUCGCCUGCCCCGUCUGCAGAUACCUUCAGCGCACUAUUUAGCUCAUGUGUGGAGAAACAUAAAGGGAUGGGAUCCUGACGGCAUGGGGGACAUCCUGAUUAAAGACAACUCAUCUCCGCGGUGCCAGACGUGCCAGAUGCGCCUAGUGGACGGCGGCAGUAAGACAUGCAGCUUCGAAUGCUGUCUGCCGCAGCCCUCUCUACUGCCAAGACCGCUGCAGCGGCAGCAGCUUGCUGGGUGAAUUGAUUCUUACUGUUGGAGUCAUUCUUAACUCUUCUGCUGUUGGCCUGUCGUGGCCUAACCCUGUGUAAUGAAUGGUUUAGUUUCAAUGCGUUGAGCUGUGUAAGGAAGCAAACUUGGGAUGAACUUUGUUUUUGAGCUGAAGAUCUGACGAAACAUGUACUUUAGCUGAAAUCAGUUUCAAUGCGUGGUUGUAGAUGUACAAAGAAAGAGAGCAGGUUAUUACAGGGAACUUCUGACAAUCUACUUACAUCUGAUGAUCUCAACAAGAAAAGAAAUAUCUUCUGAGUAUCUAUGUACUCUUACUAUCUGCAUGCCCUUAUUGAAUGGAAAUAUACCAAGAAAAGUUGUGCUGAUGAAGUUUGGUGCAGAGCUUUAGCACAAAUGGUUUAACCGUUAUUUUCAGUUCAUAUCUAAAAGUUAAGCUCAGAAAACAAUUGUUGUAAUACUUGACGUAUCAAGACCUGAAGAUGAUUACUAGUGCAACUAACGCCGUUGUGCAAAAUUGUUCAGGCAUAUUUCCACACAACGCUUUCAGCAGCUUACAAUUUCCUGCCAAGAGAAUGCAUAGAACCUAACUACCAGGAGCAGAACAGACAGCUGAGUUUUCUGAAACUAUCAGGAAAUUAUUGCUAGAAGUCAUGCUCUUGUAUUCAUCCAUGGUGAAUCAACAUCCGGGUAUCGCAGCGCAAAAGCAGCUGAAUCCGCAAGGGAACAAGUCAUACAAUGAGACAAUUAGGAAAUUGGGAGAUGCAAUUGUUGCAGUAGUUCAGAAGAAGGGAUUCAGAUUCAGUAACAGGAUCUUCUACAGUGUUAAACUGUUAACUGACAAGUCAAAUAACUGAAAAUUUUGAAACUGGAAUCUUAGCAUUGGCACAAUUGAUUUUUCGGAUCGAACCCGAGCUGGACUUUGAAUCUAUUGCGUCGUUCGAGUCCGACUGGGAAUCUAUCGCGCGCUCCGCGCUUCCGUGGCCCACUUUUUCGCGCCACGAGGGCAGGAUCUGACGUCCGAGCCUGCGGUAUGCUAAAGAUCAACGGGAGCAAUCAAGUCCUGCCGAUCGAAUUCAGGAGCCUUCUCCUGCGCUGCAGCAUCCGAAUCCGUGAGACACUCGAGUCCGCGAGACACAAGGCUGGGGGCUAUAAAUCUCCAUGUCGUCUCCCCCCUUGGCCUCCCAACACUUUUUCGUCGAGGACACCAUCUCAACCUUGCACGAUGGCCGCCAGGCACUUCCCGUCUUGGGCAGACCUUCACCCAGAGCUCCUUGGCCUCGUGAUCGGGCGGCUCCCCCUAGCCGACCGUGUCCGGCUUGGAGCAGCCUGCCGGCCAUGGCGUCGCGCAGCCCGGCAGGAGCCCCUACCCCCUCCGCUACCGUGGCUGACCCUCCUCGACGGCACCUUCCUCAGCAUUCCCGGCGGCGAGGUCCACCGCAUGCCCAUCCCGGAGGAGGACGCUUCCUGCUACGGCUCCAUGGGGAACUGGCUCCUCCUCAGGCGCUCCGUCGGCGAGUUCUCGCUGGCGAACCCUUUCUCCGGCGACGCCGUGCGGCUUCCCGAGAUAGCCUGCCCACCGGGAAGCCUGACCUCCGUCAAGCCGAUGCCGAUUUCGACGUCGACGCCGGACCUAUCACCAGAUUCUUCCCCUUUUGCUGUGCUGACCAAGGGCGGCGGUUUCAGGAGCGAGAUUUCUGUUUGCCGGCCCGGGACGACUGCCGCCACCGCAUUCAGUUUCCCCGUCCGCGAGCGCAUAUCUGACGUCGCAUUCUUCGACGGGAAGCUGUACGCUCUCUCAUUCGGCAAACUCUUCGUCCUCGACCUCGAGACUACUGGUUCGACCUACCUAGGCAAGCCAAGAAGAUCAGUCCCAUCCAUGAAACGCGUAGCCGGCGCUGUCGACGAUCCAUGGCCCACGUGCCGCUCCAUUGCUGGCGAGCGUUAUGUCUGCGCGUACUGGAGCUACCUCGUUGAAUCCAGCGGCAAGCUUCUGCAGGUACGGCGGCUGAUCGGAUGCUUGGCCACCCUGCCGAAGGAGGAGAGGGUGGAGAACAGCCGCACCCUCUCGUUCGAAGUCUUUGAGGCCGACUUGGUGGUGGGCAAGUGGAGGAGGGUCGAUGAUCUGGGAGGCCACCAGGCGCUCUUCGUGGCCACGCAGUCGUCCAUGUCCCUCCCUGCUCCCGAGUGCGGAGCUCGGGAGGACUGCAUCUACUUCGUGUGCGACUAUGACAUUGGGAACUGGGAGGCGGAUCCCCUCCGCGACUGCGGCGUGUUCGACAUGAGGACCGGGACGAUCACGCCUCUGCUGCCGGAUGGUGUGGUGGUGCGGCGACAGGGGCGCAGAGCGCUCCCAGCGUGGUUUUUCCCUACUAAAGCCAUGUGACUCACGUUGUAGCAUAGUAUAGCUUGUGUUGUCGUUCCAGAAUU